AUGAUCACGGUUGUUUGCAACGACCAUCUGAGGAAGAAGGUGUGUAUUAAAUUCAACACCAAUGACACCAGUGGGGACCUUAAGAAGCUGAUUGCAGCCCAAACUGGCACCCAGUGGAACAAGAUUGUCCUUAAGAAGUGGAACACGAUUGUUAAGGACCACUUGUUUCUAGGGGACUAUGAAAUCCAUGAUGGGAUGAACUUGGAGCUUUAUUACUAACAGAGCAGACUUCCUGCCCCCACUCUAACUUUC